AUGAUUGUAUCCUCAGUGCGGCGCUAUUCCAACGCAUCCCCAGGCAUCUCGGCGAGGCUCUCCCAGCUGGUCAAGAACCAAGGCCUCCUCAGGCUGCAGGCGUACAUCAACGGCGAGUGGGUGUCUUCCGCCGCCACUUUCGGGGUGCGUGACCCCGGCAGGGUGCCCCACAAAAGCGCCCAUCUAGCAGACGUGUCCUCGCAUCCAAAGGCACACUUUGCCCGGGCCAUUGAGAGUGCCCAGCACGCGUUCCGGCUGUACCGCACCACCACCCCUCGGCAGCGCGCGGACUUGCUCCAGCGGAUGCACCGCUUGAUGGUGGAUAACAAGACGGACUUGGCCACGAUCAUCUCGCUCGAGAACGGCAAGCCGUUGGCAGACGCCGCCGGCGAGGUCCUGUACGCCGCGUCGUUCUUCCAGUGGUUCGGCGAGGAGGCCGCGCACACGACGGGCGACAUCAUCAGCUCCAGCAACGCGGCCAGCCGGAUCUUGGCUAUCCGGCAGCCCGUGGGCGUAUGCGGCAUCAUCACGCCCUGGAACUUCCCCGCCGCCAUGAUCACGCGCAAGUUGGCCGCGGCGCUCUCCGUGGGCUGCACUGCGGUGGUCAAGCCCGCGUCCGAAACGCCCUUGACGGCCCUUGCGCUCGCCCACCUUGCGCACGAGGCCGGGUUUGCCAAGGGCGUGGUCAACAUCGUGCCGUCGGCCGACUCGGCCGAGGCGGGCCGCGCGAUCUGCGAGCACGAGCUGGUCAAGAAGGUCACGUUCACCGGGUCCACGGCCGUGGGCAAGGCGUUGAUGCAGCAGGCCGCGGCGACGGUCAAGAAAUGCUCGUUCGAGUUGGGCGGCAACGCGCCGUUCCUCGUGUUUGAGGACGCACGGGUCGACGACGCGGUGGCGGGGGCCGUGGCGUCCGCGUUCCGCAGCAGCGGGCAGACGUGCAUCUGCGCCAACCGCAUCUUCGUGCACGAGAGCGUCUACGCCGAGUUUGCGCAGAAGCUCGUGCGGGCGCUACGCUCGGCCACGACCUUGGGCCACGGCUUGGCCAGCGGCACGACCCACGGCCCGUUGAUCCACGGUCGGGCGAUGGACAAGGUGGCGCGGCACGUGCAAGACGCCCAGGCCUUGGGGGCGGACUUGCUUCUAGGCGGCCGGCCGCGGCGCGAGCUCGGCGACUUGUACCACGAGCUCACGGUGUUGGGCAACGUGACGCCGGACAUGGCUGUUUUCCGCGACGAGACGUUCGGGCCGGUGUGCCCGUUGAUCAAGUUCGCGUCUGAAGACGAGGCCGUGGCCUUGGCCAACGACACGCCCGUGGGCUUGGCGGGCUACUUCUACACGCGCGACAUGCGGCGUGUUUUCCGCGUGGCUGAGCAUUUGGAGGUGGGCAUGGUGGGCGUGAACACGGGUGGCAUUUCCGAGGCCAGCCUUCCGUUUGGCGGCGUCAAGGAGUCGGGCUUUGGCCGCGAGGGCUCCAAGUACGGGGCCGACGAGUACACCGUGGUUAAGUCCAUUGUGCUUGGCGGCCUCUAG